AUGCCACUAUUUGCCAAGAAAGUUCCCAAGCCCACAAUACCAGCCGAUUCGGUAUUUCACGACAACAACAAUGGUCUAAUGUCAAAUGGUAAAGUACCCCCCAGCCAGCAGCAACAACAACAGAAUGGCAACUACACUCAAAGGACACCAUCGAUAAGUGAAUCAAAUGUUCAAAAACCCCAAUUAGUAUUCCAUUGCCAACUGGCCCACGGCAGCCCUACCGGGUUAAUUACCGGAUUUGCCAGUGUACGAGAAUUGUAUAAGAAAAUUGCCGAAUGUUAUGAUAUACCAGCUGAGGAGAUCUUGUUCUGCACCCUCAACUCCCACAAGGUGGAUAUGACCAAACUGCUGGGUGGUCAAAUUGGUUUGGAUGAUUUCAUUUUUGCCCAUCGAAAGGGUCAACCGAAAGAAAUUGAAAUUGUCAAAUCGGAAGAUGCCUUGGGCCUGACCAUUACCGAUAAUGGUGCCGGUUUUGCAUUUAUCAAACGGAUCAAAGAGGGAUCCAUUAUUGAUCGCAUCGAACACAUUUUAGUGGGAGAUCACAUCGAGAAAUUGAACGGGGAGAGUAUGGUGGGCAAGAGACAUUACGAAGUGGCCCGUCUGCUGAAAGAAAUCCCUACCGGCUCCUCGUUCACCUUGCGUUUGGUCGAACCAAUGCGUAGUGGUUUCCAAGGUAUUGGCCCUCGAUCACAAUCCCGCAUGCCUUCCGGUCGUGGUGGCUAUGGCAGCGGUAAGGAAACGUUACGUUUCAAGGCCAACGGCAAUGUGGAGAUUGAAGAGAAAUUCGAUGAUUCAACCCAAGCGGGUAUUGAGGCCAUAAAUAAUCUGCUCGAAUCCUUUAUGGGUAUUAAUGAUGCGGAGUUGGCAACGCAGAUUUGGGAUUUGGGUGCCGACAAAACUAAUUCUAUGGAUUUUGCUGAGGCCAUUGAUAAUUCCGAUUUGGAAUCAUUCGGAUUUACCGAUGAUUUCAUCAUUGAACUGUGGGGUGCUAUAACGGAUGCCAGACGCAAGAAAAGUAAUAAAUAG